AUGCCUCGCGAAUUAAGAAAGAGAAAGGCGCCCGCUACUGAACCUGAAAUCGCUCCUGCGACCAAGAAGAAGCCUGCUACUAAGAAGGGCCCUGUCGCGACCGCUGUCGCGAAGGUCCAAGAGGUCGCAGAAAACGUCAAAGAUGCCGCCGAAGAAGUUCUGGCACCCAAAGCAGCACCCAAGGCUAAAUCCAAUGGAAAAGUAAGCGCGUCAAAAGUUGAGGUCGGAUCAGUCAUCGAUCUCGAGGGCUUUGGAGGAGAAAUUGAGACGCAUGAAGGAGAGAAAACUAGCCUCAAGAAGUUGGUCGGCGAGAGCAAAGCUGGCGUUGUUCUUUUCACCUACCCAAAGGCAUCGACUCCUGGAUGUACCAAACAAGCUUGUCAAUUCCGUGACCAGUACACCCUCUUGACAGCAACCGGACUCUCAAUUUACGGGCUUUCCAAAGACAGCCCAAAAGCGAACUCGACAUUCAAGGAGAAGCAAAAGCUUCCUUACCCUCUUCUCUGUGACCCUAAAGGUACUCUUAUCAAAGCCAUCACCCUGUUGAAGUCAGAUGGCAAGAUCACGAGAGGCGUCUUUGUCAUUGACAAGUCUGGAAAGAUCUUUGCUGCUGAAGGCGGGUCUCCCUUGGGCACAGUUGAGGUUGUCGAGAAACUGAUCAAAUCUGGCGAACUCACUGGGGGCACCGCCGAAGGUACUAAUGCUGCCUCUGAUGAGGAGGUUGCCAAGGUAGCUGCUCAGGUUGCUGAUACUGCAGAGAAACUGGAUGGCUAG